UUAAUCAGAGUUGUCUCACCUUUAUAAAGUGUACUUCCGCUUUACCUCUUCCGACCCGGCAAACAUGGCGACUACCAGUAGCGUUGUUGUUCUCUGCUGUCUUUUCGUUCUCCCACUGUGUGUUCUAGGAGAUACAUGUUUGGCACCAGAUGUCAAGACUCAGACCUACACAACAACAGAGGCAGUCACUUCGACAGAAACUGUGUUCAUUGUUGAAUUUACAUUAAAAUGCAAGAACAUUGUGUCGAAUAUGAAUCUGUAUGCUGACAUUCAGGGAAAAACACUUCCUGUUACCAGGACAGUCUCUGGAGAUAAAUAUCAGGUCAGCUUCAGUGAUGAACACUCCAAACUACCAUCAGGCUCCUAUGACAUCAGACUUUUUGAUGAGGAAGGAUUUGCAGCUCUAAGAAAGGCUCAGAGGAGUGGUGAAGGUGCCGAUGCUGUAAAACCUGUUCAUACCAUCAACAUGAGUCAUCCUGGUGUGUGGAAAGGUCCAUUCCUGCAGAGCGAGUUUGUUGCAGCCGCUGUAGCAGUAUUUGUAUGGUAUCUUGCAUACAAUGCACGCAGCCAGCUACAGUAAUUCUUAUAAUAUUGUUUAUUUUAUACAAAUUAAUUAAUAUUAUUUUCAAAUAAAUUUUUUUUUAUGAAA